GUACCAGUCGCGUUGGUCUACCCAGCAAUCCGAGUAGUCGUAAAAGCUCUGUUUUCGAUUUGUCACAGCAGCAACAGCAAUUACCACUGGGUUUGGGUAAUACCGCCACAAGUCCACCAUCCGAUGAAGAAAUCAAACCACAAUUUCCACCCCGCUGGAAGGGUAGCGGUGGCAAUAUGUUGCCAGCAACACCAAAACAAGCUCUCUCCAUGCUUAAACAGGCCUCCUCGGCCACCAAUGUUUCCGAAAGACAAUACUACUUGGGAUCACAACAACAACAACAACUCACUGACAGUCCACAACAUGUGCGCAAGGGCAGUGUUUACAACUUAAGACCAGACGAAAGUCCACAACGCAAAGCCAGUAUUUACACCAUGAACACCAGUGAAACACCAACAACACAGCGACAACGCAAGGGAAGUAUGUAUGUUGCAGCGGGAAACAGUGGCCCAGGGGCUACUACCGGUUCAAGUCUUACGGUACAUGAACCGUUACGUAAAAAUAGCAUUAUGGCUCCGUCCACACCCGACAGCCCGUCCAUGUCCCGCAAAUCCAGUGUUGUACCUUCAAAUUCCAGUGCAAAAUCCUACAGAAGUUUAUCCGACUCUUCGAGUAAUUUAUCAACAACAGUUUCGUCAUCGCUCAGUGCAACUUCGACCAGUUAUGGUUUACAAUUGGGACCAGGACAAAUACAUCCGAAAGGUUAUCGCCUGACAACGGAGCGUCAUGGUGAAUUGAAGAUGGGCUUUAGCAAGAUAAAGGGUUGCGUUGAAGUUGAGUUACUUUGUGCCCGUAAAAUAGUACCAGUAGAUUGUGAGACACCACCCGAUACCUAUGUGAAAUGCUAUAUCAAGGAUGGAGAUCGUUUGCGGCACAAAAAGAAAACUCGUGUUGUACGACAUUCGGCGGAACCCAUCUAUAAACAGACAAUUAAAUAUCAGUGCUCAGAUGUUUUUGGACGCAAUAUUGUUAUAAUGGUUUGGCAACGUUGUGUUGGUUUCGAACACAAUCAAGGCCUUGGAGGUACGGAAGUUAAUUUGGAUAAAUUGAAUAUGGACGAACGUGUCAGUGGAUGGUAUCCGCUGUUUCCCAUGCAUUCAUUUGGUGGAUCGGAUUCGGAUAAUUCUCCUUGACCGAUUACGCCCAAACAUCAAUACAAUUCAUGCGAUAGCAUUGAAGGUACUGGUCUCUUCAAUAAUCAAAUGGCGGCAGCAACUUUAAAAGCGGUAACCACUCCGUUAC